CUGCAGCACACACCAGCGGCUGAAUGAACAAUCCAAGAUGGCGGCCGAGGUGGAGUACGAGUCGGUCCUGUGUGUCAAACCCGACGUCAACGUGUACCGCAUUCCGCCGCGAGCGUCGAACCGCGCCAUCAGGGCAGCUGAUUGGAAGUUAGACGCUCCUGACUGGACAGGCCGAAUGAGAGUGACGGCCAGGGGGAAAAUGGCCUAUAUUAAACUAGAGGAUAAGAUCUCAGGGGAGCUGUUUGCUCAAGCCCCGGUGGAACAGUAUCCUGGUAUUGCAAUCGAAACUGUAAGUGACUCAAGCCGCUACUUUGUUCUUAGGAUUCAAGAUGACAGCGGCCGUAGUGCUUUUAUUGGCAUCGGAUUUGGUGACCGGGGAGAUGCGUUCGAUUUCAACGUGGCUUUGCAGGAUCAUUUCAAAUGGGUAAAGCAGGAUAAUGAGUUUAGUAAGCAGGCUCAAACCCCAGACUUGGGCCCUAAAUUAGAUUUGGGUUUUAAAGAAGGCCAGACCAUCACUCUUAACAUUGGGCAAAGUAAAAAGAGAGACAAGUCCCGUCCACAAAGUACAGGUGGCCUUGGACUGCUUCCGCCACCACCAAGUGGCAAAAUUGCUCCUCCUCCUUCAGUCUCCUCCACCAAUAACAAUACAGAACCGCCAACGAGCGGUAGAGACAUAGGUUGUUUGCUGGACCUUGACAGCAAUGAUGCUAACACUCUGGUCCAACCGAAUCCUCCUAACACGAACGCGGACCUAUGGGGAGAUUUUACAUCCGACAGCUUAUCUUCUCAGCCCUCCAAGCCGGAUUGUGCUUCCACAGACUGGGUCCAGUUCUGAGAAUGUGAUUCCGCUGCUCACUUCAUUGUCUCCCUCUUCCUACUUGUCACACAUGGAAGCUAUCACUCUAGAUUACCUGUAUCCCUUUAUCUCUCCCUCUCUCUUCUACACACCCACACACUCGUCCUCUGUCCUUUUUUUGCUCCGUUUUGUUAUUAAUCAUGACGUCCACAUAAAUAUUUGGUCAAAAGCUUAUGUAUUUUAUUUAUUUAUGUAUUCUGGAUUUAUAGUCAUGAGAGCCUCAAGAAGGAGAAGAAUAUAUUUAUGUGUAUAUUUGGAAAAAUUGUUUACCUUUACCAGGAACAAAUGUUGAACUUGUGGGACAACUUUGAGUUGCUCUAGAAGGUGUAAAGCGCAAAUGAAAGGGUUGUGUCGCCCUCUGGUGGUGAAAAUGCAAAAAAAUAAAUAUAGCAGCAUCAACAACAACAAAUAUAGUAAUGUCAACUGAUUAUGGUACAGCACUGCUUUUUUUUGUUUUCCAGCAAUCAGAUCAGUGCUCCUUUUUCCUGACGAUAUGCAAUUGUUAACAAAUCAGGCAUUCGUUCAUUUAUGUGAAAGCACUGAAAGAUUUCAGGUGUCAAUACUGCACCUGACACCUUUUGCUUUCUGUGAACUGUACUAAGAUGUGGAAUGGCUCGAAUAAAGCCUGAUCUGUCCAAACAGCAAUAUUCAGACAGACUCCAUCAUACCGAAAUCAGAGAUCAACAAGUCCUGAUGCCUUUGCGACAGCACACUUUUAUUUUUUUUUGUGGCUAGACCAAUUUUGAAAUACUUUAAAAGAUUGUACAUAUGCGAACGCGUGUCUCACACGGCAGAUUGCAGUGUUCUAGUGUGCAGUAUAGAUAACUGAGAUAUUUUAUGUGACUGUAACUGUGAUGACGUUUAUUUCUGAAUUCUGAGGUGAAUUAGCGUUACUUUAUAUAUGUUACUGCUAUUAGCAGGACGCAGAUUUUUUUUUUUUUACGCAUAGUGUGUGUUCAUUCUAGUCAUAUAAAGCGAAUAUGUAUAAUCUCAAAACACUAUGUUGUAUUUGUUUAAAUAUAAAAAAAAUCAAUGUAAUAAACAUAAAGUUGAAAAAUGG